CACAAUUAACAUCAUUAUUUCAUUUCUUUAGCCUAUACCACUUAUUUCUUCAAUCUUUCUUAAAAAACGCCUCAAUCAUGGCCGGAGGAAGAUCAAAGUCUAAGGCUUCCAAGAAGAAAAGCACCGCCGAACCCUCAAGCUCCGCGCCUCCUCCGUUCCCAUAUUUGGACGGAUCAUUUCUUGAGUUCGGGUCGGAGGAAGAACUAACACGCUUCCUUACUCACUUUGCCAAGCGCCCGAUCUCUCCACCUCGCGUGCUCCCGGAGUUGUUUCCCCAAGACAAAGGGUACCACGACCUCGACAACCAACUCCAAGCGUCGGGUUUGUGGCCAUUCGUCUCCAAGAGCCGCUCGAGCUUCAAUCCCGCCUUCAUCCGGGCUUUCUACUCCAAUCUCCGCCGUGACGGGGACACCAUUCGCAGCAGCAUCAAUCUCUACGACAUAGAGAUUGAUUUGGCUACCUUUGCUCGGGUCGCAGGGCUGCCCAUCCGCGGUGAGGACAUCGCAACAUAUGGCGGCGAUGAUUGGAUCCUCAACAACGAGGCGGUGGUCAUCCGAGAGCUUGGGAUCACCAACCUCAUCCGCCACAGCGGCGAACCGACGAUUCACUCGGCCCCACCGGACAAGCGCCUCCUCCUCUACAUCAUCACCCGGAUUCUCCACCCCCGGGACAGCAGCCAUACCUCGCUCUUCAACGAGGACUUGAAGGCGAUUCAUGCCAUCAUCCACGGCGCCUCCAUCAAUUGGGCGAAAUUCGUGAUGAUCCACAUGGCGGAUUGCGCCUCCAUCGCCACUGAGCGGAGCUUGCCAUACGCCUUCCUCGUCAUGGACCUCAUCAGCUCCGCCGACAUCUCCAUCGUCGGCCCGGAUACGAAGAUGACAAAGAUUUGGAUAAUUCAAGACAGCACCUUCCGGAAGAAGUCCGGAGACCGGGACAGCACAGGCCCAAGUCGUGCACCAGCCCCCGCUCCCGCCAAGGCCUCUUUGCAAUCCAUAGCCGAUACUCUGAAUCGGCUAACCCUCACAGUGGAUGGCAUGGGGCAGUCAAUCGAGCGGAUGGACUGGACGCUGCAACGCCAACACCACGACAUGACGACAUUCUUUCGCGGAAUCAACUACGUCCCGCCGCCCUUUGACAGCACCUUCCUCGGCCAAAACUAUGAAGGCGAGGACGAGGAGGAUAACUCCUAUGCUCCAUCCUCCUCCCCCGACGAGGCCGACUUUGAAGAUGCGGUCGACGGCGAUCCCAUGGACGUCGAGGACGACGAGGAUGACGACGAGGAUGCCGAUGCUUAGACUUUUCUUUUCUCCUCUUACUAUGAUUGUAUUUUUUUAUUUCCAUUCCGUUGUAUUCCGCAUUUCCCUUCUUUUCAUGAAUAAAAGUUUACUUUUACAGUUCUAAAGUUUACUUUUAAUUCUUUUUGUUAAUGUCAAAAGGGGGAAGAUAUUGAGGUUAUGCAUAAAUUGAGGGGGAAUUUUUUUUACUUUGUAAAAUGGCAUCUAUUAAGGGGGAACAUUGUUUUUUUUCAAAAUAAUCCUCCUAUGCAUAACCUCGUCUCGUUUGCCAUAAUCAAAAAGGGGGAAAUUG